UAGGGCAUUGCAAAUAGAUUCUCUGGCAGGGUCCCUUCUCAUUAACAAAAAAACUUUGCCAUAUCCUCCUUUACUUUUGCUGAAUAUGUUGAGCACGACUCUUCGUUUUCAGAAAGCAUUGGUAAAGUAAUUGUAAUUGAAACCCCCAUACCUCUCUCUCCCUACAGUCUACAUGGGGUUUCUGUGCUCAGCCAUUAAACCCAGAUUACUGAAAAUAAUGGAGUUUUGUUUCUAGCAUGACGAGAAUUUAUUGUAUUCCAAGAAUACUCGUAAGGUAUUGUGUCCCACGACGUAAUAGUUCCAAAGCAUGUGGGGGCAAUGUUGCGUUGCUUGAAUAUAUGCUUUAAAGCGUAGCAACCCUCCAUGAAGGUGCAGUCAGAGGGGGUUUAUGCAGCUUUCAUUCACUAAUCACUGCCUUUUUCUCGUGAAGUUUCAACUUACAAGGCAAACGAUUUCCUUCCCAAUCGCUCUCUCUCUCUCUCUCUCUCUCUCAUUCACUGGCUCUGUGACACAGAAAAACACCUGGUCCGUGAAUCCUGUACCUAAACAUUGUACACUGUAAUCUGUUGCCUUCGGUCAUUUCAUCACUUUUAUUCAGGGAAGCCGUUGCUUCUUCACUCUUCCGCUCUGCAGUCAUUUUCUCUGUUGCUGCUGUAAUUUUCUCAUCUGGUGGAAUCAUGCACAUAUCAUUCGCAGCCCCCUCUUCAUAAUGCACCCUUCUCCUUGUUUUGCCCCAUCAUUCUAAUAUUCCAUGGAUAUGGAUUUUUAUCUUUCCACCCUACAAUCUUUUAGGUAAGCUUUUUUUGCCUCCAAAACUAAGGAGUGGCCGCACUCCGUAGUUAUACAUUGACGAGUGAUCUGGGGUUCCAAAGAAGCUCGGAAUCUUCGUCGAAGGAGGUGAUGCAAGCAGCGAAGAUUGAAUUGCUACUUCUAAUUCCUCGCGUUUGCAAGGAAAGUGGGAUUUGUUGAGGGUGAAGGAAGAAAAAGAGUAAUCAAAGCGGCGUUAAUACUGUAGUAGUACAGUUAGACCUUACGCAUAGAAGCUUUAAGAAGUGAAGGGAGAACAUUGUACGGUAAUGGAAAUUCUGUUUUUGUUGUGUUUUGUGGUUGCUUGGUAUGUGUCAAAAUCUCGUCUUGUAGUUGUGGGUGCUGAGCUACAGGAUCAAACUAUACUGCUUGCCCUCAACCAAGAGCUUAAAGUACCGAGAUGGGAUGCUAACAACUCAAGUUACUGCUCUUGGCAAGGCGUUAGCUGCAAUGACCGCUUAAUGGUCGUGAAGCUCGAUCUGUCUCAUGCAAACCUCCGAGGUAAUGUCACUCCAGUUUCCCAGCUCAAAGCUCUUCGGCAACUUGACCUUUCAAAUAACAAUUUUCAUGGCUACAUUCCUCCUGCUUUUGGAAAUUUAUCUGAUCUUGAAGUUCUAGAUUUGUCUUCAAAUAAGUUCGAAGGUUCAAUUCCACCAGAAUUGGGUGGCCUCAGGAAUCUUAAAUCGUUAAACCUUUCCAACAAUUUGCUUGUGGGGAAAAUACCAAGUGAACUUCAUGGCCUAGAGAAAUUGCAGGAGUUUCAAGCCUCUAGUAAUCAAUUAAAUGGAUCUUUACCUACUUGGGUAGGAAACUUUACCAACCUCAGAGUUUUGGCUGCCUAUGAGAACCUUCUAGGUGGUAGGAUUCCAGAUAAUCUUGGCUUGGUUUCUGAGCUUCAAAUUCUUAAUCUGCAUUCAAACCAGCUUGAAGGCCCUAUACCAGCAAGCAUUUUUACUUCAGGGAAGCUGGAAGUUCUGGUUCUGACCCAGAACAAUUUGAGUGGUAAUAUUCCUCAAGAACUUGGGAAUUGCCAAGGCCUUUCCAAUGUCCGAAUUGGAAACAACCAUCUAGUAGGUACUAUUCCUAAGACCAUAGGAAACAUUAGUAGUCUGACCUACUUUGAAGCAGACAAUAACAAUCUUUCUGGUGAGGUAGUGUCUGAAUUUUCUCAGUGUUCUAAUCUCACCCUUCUGAACUUAGCUUCGAAUGGAUUCAGUGGAACGAUUCCACCAGAACUUGGACUGCUUAUGAACCUCCAGGAAUUAAUUCUUUCUGGAAAUAGCCUAUUUGGCAAUAUUCCAGAAUCAAUUUUAAGGUGCAGGAAUCUUAACAAGCUCGAUCUAAGCAAUAACAGGUUCAAUGGAACACUACCAAAUGACAUCUGCAAAUUAUCUAGGCUGCAGUUCUUGCUAUUGGGUCAGAAUUCCAUAGGAGGGGUGAUCCCUCAUGAAAUUGGAAAUUGUGCAAAACUUCUUGAGCUGCAAUUGGGCAGUAACUAUUUGACUGGAAUUAUCCCUUCUGAGAUUGGUCACAUUAGGAACUUGCAGAUUGCUUUAAAUUUGAGCUUCAAUCAUCUUCAUGGAUCACUGCCUCCCGAGUUAGGAAGACUGGACAAACUUGUUUCUCUGGAUGUUUCGAACAAUAGGCUCUCAGGCAAUAUCCCAGCUGAGCUGAAGGGUAUGUUGAGCUUAAUAGAGGUUAACUUUUCAAAUAAUUUGCUCACCGGCCCAGUACCAACAUUUGUGCCAUUCCAAAAGAGCCCCAAUUCAAGUUUUAUAGGUAAUAAAGGGCUUUGUGGAGAGCCAUUAAACUCUUCAUGUGGAGAUCUUUAUGAUGACAGCAAUAACUACCAUCAUAGAGUCUCUUACAGAAUCAUACUUGCUGUAAUUGGUUCUGGUUUGGCAGUCUUUAUGUCAGUCACCGUGGUGGUCUUACUUUUUAUGCUUAGAGAGAGGCAAGAAAAAGCAGCCAAGGAUGCUGGGAUGCUUGAUGAUGAAACUAAUAACAAACCAACCAUAGUAGCAGGGAGUGUCUUUGUUGAGAAUCUAAGACAAGCGGUAGACCUUGAUACUGUUGUUAAGGCAACCCUCAGAGAUUCUAAUAAGCUCAGCAGUGGUACUUUCAGUUCAGUUUACAAGGCAGUUAUGCCUUCUGGGAUGGUCUUGUCUGUUAGGAGACUCAAGUCCAUGGAUAAGACAAUAAUCCACCACCAAAACAAGAUGAUUAGAGAACUUGAGAGGCUGAGCAAACUCUGCCAUGACAAUCUGGUUCGACCCAUCGGAUAUGUUAUUUAUGAAGAUGUUGCCCUUCUAUUGCAUCAUUUUUUACCCAAUGGAACAUUGGCUCAAUUUCUUCAUGAAUCUAGCAAGCAACGUGAAUAUCAACCCGACUGGCCUACUAGAUUAUCCAUUGCCAUUGGCGUGGCAGAAGGUCUGGCUUUCCUGCAUCAUGUGGCCAUUAUCCACCUUGACAUUUCUUCUGGCAAUGUUCUUUUGGAUGCAAAUUUCAAGCCUUUGCUUGGGGAGAUUGAGAUAUCAAAACUUCUCGAUCCAACCAGGGGUACUGCAAGUAUUAGUGCUGUUGCUGGUUCCUUUGGAUACAUACCACCAGAAUAUGCAUAUACAAUGCAAGUUACAGCACCUGGAAAUGUCUACAGUUAUGGUGUAGUCCUGCUUGAGAUCCUUACGACUCGACCACCAGUUGAUGAGGAUUUCGAUGAAGGCAUAGACUUAGUUAAGUGGGUUCAUAGUGCUCCAGUAAGAGGGGAAACUCCAGAGCAGAUACUCGAUGCAAGGCUCAGCACAGUAUCAUUUGGUUGGAGGAAAGAAAUGCUUGCCGCUUUGAAGGUUGCAUUGCUCUGCACUGAUACUACACCUGCAAAACGACCUAAGAUGAAGAAGGUAGUGGAAAUGCUCCAAGAAAUAAGGCAAAACUGAGCACACUGGAAUUGAAGUUCUUUGGUGACGUGAUCCAUGUGAUUGAGGAUCUCAGAAAUUUCAAGGUCAUAGCUGAUGUUAGAUCUUCACCCAGCUCCUGCAUGCAUGUUGAAAAGGAUUAGUUUUUUAAAAUGAGAAGUUCGUAUCUGAGAGGCUGAAGACUGAAUAAGAUACACACACACACACAAACUGCAAAAGCUUCUUGAUUAAGCAAGGAAAGCUCAGUUCAUCUAGCAUAUUGCCUUCCCCGCUGUUUGCAAAAUGUAAUUUUCUGUUCUGGGAGAGACUCAUACAGCAAUCAAAUGUUAGUGUUAAUCGUAAAUUCCUACUUUCCUGUUGAGUUCGUUGAUUGUAUAUUUGAACUUGUCCAUGCAGGCUAUAAACAACCAUUACAGUCUGCGUUCAUAAUAA